GUUGGAUUUAUGAAUCUGAGCGAACAUUUUAAAGAUAUUUCGAAUUGUCUUAGUUUAUUCCUAAUAAUAUUAAAAUGGAAACAUCAAUAAUUGCAAUGUCGAACGUUACAAGUCUACCAGAAUGUAUACUAGAAUUGGUAUUGAAUUCUUUAAACGCAAACGCUACGUCAAUUGCAAUACGAAUUCACGGGGAACAACGUAAAAUUCAAGUAAUAGACAAUGGUAGAGGGAUAUCUAGAGAUACACUAGAAGAUAUUGCAGAGUACAACGAGCAAAGAAAUUGUUGGAGUAUACUUGACAUUUGUAAUUUAAAAAAACAAACACUUGUUAACAUUCGCAGAUUGUCCAAUGCCAUGUUAAUUACUUCUAGAUACUAUAAUUCAUUUAAAACGUAUAUAAAGAUUUUUAAAAUGUACCAAGCUCCAAAGACUGUUAAAACUCAAAGAAGAAUAUCUCAUGGUACUACAAUAAGCAUUUAUGGAUUUUACGAAUUAUCAUUGAAUAUGUGGGACGUACCUUUAAUGUGCCUUCUAAUUGCAAACAUUGCCAUGGUUAAUUUGCAGGUUUCAUUUUCCAUCAGAGAUGAUCAACAAAAAAAAGUUAUUUUAAGAAUCACCAAGCAGCAUAGGCCAAUAGAAAUUUUUAAAUUUUUAUAUAACAAAGAAAUAUCAAUUAAUAAUUUGCUAUACAUUAAAAAUACCAAAGAAUCUGAUGCUAAAUUUUGUGCGUACAUUGGUUUGACUAAUACUGAAUUGAGUGCUAAACAGUAUGUGUUUUUAAACAAUAGAUUUGUUCAUUGCCCAUUAAUUUUGCAAAUGAUCUCAGCUAUCUUUAUCAAUACACUGCAUAAUUUUGCAAGAAAACAUUAUUGGAAAAUACCAAAGAAAGAAACAAUUUUUAUUUUAUUGUUUAUUACAUGUGAAGAAUAUUUUUUUACCAUUGAAAAAGGAAAGAAAACUUUGGUUUUACCUAUUCUUCAAGAUUUACUACAUACCGUUCAGAGUGCAAUAGUGAAUAUUUUUGUCGAGAAUGCUAUGCCUCCUUUUAAUAGUGAUUCGAAUCAAAUUAUUGAACAUAGGAUUUACAGCUGCAUAAAUCAUUUGACUAAAACGUCCAAACAGGGCUGCAUACUGCACUCGUUGUGUAAUAUUAUUAAAAAAAAAAUUACAGAGAUAGAAGUUCGACUGAUUCAAGGCAAUGCAGUUGAUAAACGAAACGUCUCUAUAGUAAAAUCUUGUGAACAACUGAAGCUUAACAACAUUCUUACACAAAAAGAAUGGAAAAAUAAUGAAACAGGAUAUGAAAUAACUACGAAUCAAUUAAAAUCAAAUGAAAUAACUAACACCGUUCAACUGUUUACUCCUGUUUCACAAACUAAUAAUGUAACGAAAGAAACUGUUACAUUGACACUUUCUGAAUGGUCUAAUUGGACUUACCUUAAUAGUGGAUCGCACACUGUAAAUAAGAUAAAUAAAUUUAAUAACAACUCUCGAAAUUUUUAUAAGCAUUUCGAUUUCUUGCCACUUAAAUUGCAUAAACUAUUACGUGGCAUUUCGAAACUGACCAAGACUGAUACUUACAAUGAAUCUUGUGAGAGUAUAUUUUCAGUCAAAUUGAAGUAUGGAUUGCCAAUACAAUAUACGUUGCUUCAUCAAGAGAUGGGUGUACGUCCGUGUAAAAACGUUCAAAGGUUCCGUGAAUUCAGAUUGAAGAAGGAUCUCCUGAAAUUCGUAACAAUAUUAGGUCAGAUGAAUAAUGAAUUAUUAGUGGGAUUAAUAGUUCAUAACGAUUCUAAGGUGCUUUUAUUAAUGGAUCAACAUGCUAUUCACGAGAGAAUACGAUACGAAUAUUUAAUUCACAAAUACAAGUCAGAAACGAGAGAUCAGCUGUUUUACAUCAAACUAAAGCAUCCUAUAAUGAUACAAUUACCUACAGAAAAAUGCAAUUUACUACUAUCAAAUACAGUGCGAUUAAACAAAUUUGGAAUAAGCUUGAGCAUCGUAAGCGAUAACACUGUAAUGGUGCAUACAGUGCCAGAAUGUUUAAAAAGAAACAAAUAUCGUUACGACGAGAUGAAAUUAAAGCUCAAAGUGCAGAACCUUUUAAACGAAGUAUUAGAAAACUGUACAAAUAACGAAUGUCGUCGGAUCAGUGAUCUUCCACUCACCAUUCAUAACGCAAUUGCAAUGGAAGCUUGUCACGGUAUAUUCUACUUUGUUUGCUUAUCUAUAAUUUUAUAAAUAAUUUA